AAAACCUUAAUAACUAAGAUAAAGCAGUUAGCAUACGAAAAGAUCAAAUUAUUUCAAAACAACAGGAGUUGAUCUUUGAAACUAGAUGCAGCCGUAAUGUCAGCCCUAAGACACAAAAACUUGACCUGUAAGCUGUUAGGCAGCUUCAAUCACAGCAAAUUCUACUUCUCCACCUCAAAAUUUGUCUAUACCACACAAAAAGAAGUUAUUAAAAUUGGUGGAGUAUCUAAGGCCCUCAAAGUCCCCAAAAAUCCUGAGCUAGUCCCUAAAAACUACCUGCCUAAAAAUAUCCCUACAGAAACUAUAAGAGAUUUAAAGUGGAUGAUGCAAAAAGAUUCUCUAGGUCAAGAUAUUUUUCUCCUUGGGCGUCCUGGACCCCUCCGUAGAUUGCUUACCCAACAGUACUUAGAACUAACAAAACGAGAGAUGGAAUAUGUUGCCUUGUCUAGAGACACAACAGAGUCAGAUUUAAAACAGAGAAGAGAAAUUUUGUCUGGGACAGCUCACUACAUGGACCAGGCAGCUGUUAGAGCUGCUCUUGAGGGUCGGGUUCUAGUUUUAGAAGGUAUAGAGAAGGUAGAACGUAAUGUUCUUCCUGUUCUAAAUAAUCUUCUGGAGAAUCGAGAGAUGCAUUUAGAAGAUGGAAGACUGUUAAUUCCAGCUGCUAGGUAUGACUCUCUAUUAGCAGAGCAUGGGGCUGAGGUUAUGGAGAAGUGGAGACUUAUGAGGGUUAGUGAAGACUUCAGAGUGAUAGCCCUAGGAUUACCAGUACCAAAGUACACUGGUAGUCCUCUGGACCCCCCUUUAAGAUCAAGGUUUCAAGCUCGAAACAUCCAACAUCUCCCAUAUGCUCAACAGCUUGAUGUCAUCAUCUCAUUGGCACCAAAUGUGGACAAGGAAGUAUUGUCUAGACUUCUCUCCUUCAGUCAUACGCUCCUAACUGAAGAAAGCUCUGGUCUGGGUCUGUUAGAUUUUCCUAUGGAGAACCUUGUGACUGGACUACCCAUUUACAAUAGUGUACCUGAACUUACUCCCCUUGACUUUAUCUCGAGGUUCUAUCCUUAUAAAUUGUUCCUUCCGUCAGAUGGUCAAAAAUCUGUAGAAGAUACAUUGCAAACAUUUCAUAUCUCCUCUCAGGGAAACAAAAUUAAGCGGCUCUCAAUUGAAUCAGUGUCACGCUCUUCUGAGAAUCCCCAUUCUGUAGAAGUAGAGAUUAAGGUUGGAAAUAAGGUGAGGAGUUUAACUGUUAACGGGGGAACAAGUGUAAAUACCUCAAAGGACUUUGUAACUACUCCUUACCAUUCAUGGUUGAUGGCUGAUAUACUGCUUUCUCACUCUACAUCAGAUAUCUGCUUGGUAGGUCCUCGGGGUUGUGGGAAGAGUGCUUUAGUUCGAAAUCUGGGAGAUUUAUUGGGAUAUAAGACUGAGACUAUUCAACUCUAUCAGGAUAUGACAGCCAGAGAUCUUUUACAGCAGCGGACAACAACAGAUACAGGAGACACUGUAUGGCGGCUGUCCCCAUUAGUUAAUGCAGCUCUUAAUGGCCAGUUGGCAGUUCUAGAUGGACUUCACAGAGUACACAAAGGUAGUUUAGCAGUAAUACAAAGAUUAGUUCAUGACAGAGAACUUCAGCUCUACGAUGGAACCCGACUCUUGUCUGAAACAAGUUUUAACACAUUGAUGACGGAGCUGAAUUUAUCCAAAGAAGAGCUUGAGGGGAGAGGGAUACGAAUGGUACAUCCUGCUUUUAGAAUAAUUGCACUGGCAGAACCACCCACAACAGGGACUGGAAAGGGUCAAUGGUUGACUCCUGAAAUUCUGUCAAUGUUCCUCUACCACGACAUGAGGUCCCUUAGUCAGACAGAAGAACUCCAGGUAAUAACAGAGAUGACCGGCACACCAGGAAGUAUUCUUCCAGAAAUUUUGCGUGUUACUCAUGCGCUUCGUAAUUCCGAGGAUGCCGCACUGCGAAGUGUUGCAACUUCACUUUCUACAAGACAACUGCUUAGAGUUGGAAGACGACUUCAAAAGUUUCCUGACGAAUCAGUGUACUCUGUUGUGAACAAGGCAUGUCUAGCAAGGUUUCUACCUACUCUGGCCAAGGAUACACUGGACAAGGUGCUGGAGAAGAACGGGAUUAAACAAGUAAAGACCAUAGAGGACAAGAAUAUACAGUGUGUUAUACAAGAUCAAGUACUUACAAUAGGUACGACCUCUAUUCCCUUGUUUAACCCAGAGACCCAGGGUAAGGUCCCUGAGACUCUAUUCUAUGAUACUCCUCAGAACCUAGCUCUUAUGGAGGCAAUGCUACAGGAUUUCAUGCUGGGAGAACAUUUACUACUUGUUGGAAACCAGGGUGUAGGGAAGAAUAAGCUGGUGGAUAGAUUACUAAAUCUUCUUAACAAACCAAGAGAAUAUGUUCAACUGAACAGAGAUACCACAGUUCAGACCUUGACACUGCAACCGUCUGUGAGAGAGGGAGUUAUAGUUUACGAUGAUAGUCCUUUGGUUCAGGCUGCUAGGUCUGGUAAUAUCCUUGUAAUUGAUGAGGCUGAUAAAGCUCCGACUAAUGUGACCUGUAUACUCAAGAGUCUAGCAGAGUCAGGGGAGAUGGUCCUUUCAGAUGGACGAAGGAUUGUUGGAGUUGAUAGCAGUGAAACCGGAGAAAACAUUAUCCGGCUUCAUCCAGAUUUUAGGAUGAUUGUUCUAGCAAACAGACCCGGUUUUCCAUUCCUUGGGAAUGAUUUCUUUGGAUCCCUUGGUGAUCUAUUCAGUUGUCACGCUAUAGAUAAUCCUAGUAUGGAGUCAGAACUGUCUAUGCUGAAGCAGUAUGGACCGGAUGUUAAUGAGGACAUUAUGCGCAGGCUUGUGAAAACGUUCUCUGAACUACGAAGUAUGGCAGAUGAAGGACAGAUACAAUAUCCCUACUCUACUAGGGAGGUUGUAAACAUUGUUAAACAUAUUCAGAUGUACCCUACCGACGGGCUGGCCCAGGUAGUGAGGAACGUGUUUGACUUUGACUCCUACUCCAAGGAGACCAGGGACACCCUCAAGGACGUCCUGCACAAGCACGGAAUACCAAUCGGUACAGACACUAGAUCCAUCAGACUAGCUAAGGAGAUUCCACUUCCACCCAAGGUAGUGUCCGGUACUUGGUCUCAAGGAAGAGGAAACAGAAGACAAUUCAGAUUACCCAUAGAGCAGAGUGGAAUAAGUAUGGGAUCAACACAGCUGGUUAAUCGGUCAUCAUCUGUAUUAGAUCGUGUAGAAGCUAGAGGAGUUGGAUUUUCUGAACUUCAGUCUUAUUUCUCCCUUCCCUUUCAUGAUUCAGCAGUGGUGGGAGAUGUAGCUGUCUUCAGGGAUGAGCAUAACCGUCCUCUUUAUGAUACAAUAAAUGUGAUCACAGCUAAUCCAGUUUUCCUCUACUCCAUGAAGACGACAGACGACAAGUGCAGUUUGAUGACACUGAAUCAAUAUUUUGACACGCGUCGACAGAACCUGAUUUGCCGGCCGAGGAUGGUUCCUCUUGGGGGGAAGUUCAAGAAUAUUCUGGCUAUUCAUGACGAGGUCUCGUAUACUGUACUCUUCUUCUUCUGUACUCCAGGUAUACUGUACUCCAAUACUCCUGUACUCCAGGUAUACUGUUCUCCUGUACUCCAAUACUCCUGUACUUCAGGAAUACUAUACUCCUAUACUCAUGUACUCCAGUUACACUGUACUCCUAUUCUCCUCUACUCCAGGUAUACUGUACUCCAGACUUCCGAUAUAGAGAGUAUCACUGCACUGGAGAAACAGGGGUUGACAGAUUUUGGACUAAAACUUACUUUAGGAGAGAACAUCAAGAUCUCGAACACAAUGUUUGUUAGUCCAGGAAACUACGCAAACCUAGCUCUAGGAUUCCCGGAACUCGAGUUUUCAAGUAACGAAAUCAUUUCGUGGCCUAGGACUCAGGAAACAAACCAGGCUCCUGGAAAUCAAAAUAUAAAGAAAUAUAUUAAUCCUGGUCGUGACUAUGUAUUCCUAAAAGAUAGUUGUCAGAUAGUUCGACCAAUACCUACAAAGGAUGUUCCUAAAACAGGAGUAGCUGACCAUGUGGUGGUUGGAUCUACUGUAGGAUUCCUGGAGGUAGUUGACCUACUUGCUGGUCAGGUCAGGUAUAUACCUGUACCUGAACCCCAGCACGAGUCUGCAUACGCUUCCUGGUAUAAACAGACUUAUCCAGACAAGGUACUAGGGCUGGCCAGUAUGUCUAAUGAUGGUCUGGUAUCUGUAGAUAACUCUGGUACUGUAAGAUUAUGGGAGACUGGGGUUGCUAACCUACAGAGAAGUUAUGAGGAGUGGAGGAAGAUGUUGGGAGGGGAUGAGGAUCUCCGGAUGAGUAUAGAUCGAACCAGUGGACUGGAUGUGGAUUCUCCUAAGCAUGGAAAAAUAGAUCCGGAGAAUACGCCUCAUGUUGGAGGAAACACCUGGGCAGGUGGGACUGGUGGACGUGAUACUGCUGGACUAGGGGGUAAAGGUGGACCCUACAGACUAGAUGCUGGACACCAAGUUCAUCAGUUAUCUGACGCUGAGAAGCGUACUGUACCUGAACAUGUUACUAAUGCUGCGCGGCAAAUGAACAGGAAAGCGUUUGAAGAGCGCCUGCGCGAGAUCCAGAUGUCAGAAUACGACGCUCAACUUUAUCAACAAUACUCUGCAGGUGUACGACGCCAGGUACAAAACCUGCGAACUAUCCUGUCAAGUCUCCAAGCUAAAUCCAAGGAUAGAACUUGGUUGAAGAACCAAACCUCAGGAGAACUUGACGAUAACAGGCUUAUUGAUGGACUUACAGUGACAACAGUUCCCUUUAAUGUAUUUUUAUUGACCAGGUUUAACGGGCAUGACCAGAGGUUGGAGAGAAUGAUGGAAUCUGCGCUCAUGGUUAUGGAAGCUUUGGAAGGAUUUGGAGACAGGUAUAACUUGUUAUGGUUUGGAGUCAGGUAUAACUUGUUAUGGAAGCUUUGGAAGGNGUCCUGUAGAGUAAAGGACUGUAUCCUGGAUGCGUCCUGUAGAGUAAAGGACUGUAUCCUGGAUGCGUCCUGUAGAGUAAAGGACUGUAUCCUGGAUGCGUCCUGUAGAGUAAAGGACUGUAUCCUGGAUGCGUCCUGUAGAGUAAAGGACUGUAUCCUGGAUGCGUCCUGUAGAGUAAAGGACUGUAUCCUGGAUGCGUCCUGUAGAGUAAAGGACUGUAUCCUGGAUGCGUCCUGUAGAGUAAAGGACUGUAUCCUGGAUGCGUCCUGUAGAGUAAAGGACUGUAUCCUGGAUGCGUCCUGUAGAGUAAAGGACUGUAUCCUGGAUGCGUCCUGUAGAGUAAAGGACUGUAUCCUGGAUGCGUCCUGUAGAGUAAAGGACUGUAUCCUGGAUGCGUCCUGUAGAGUAAAGGACUGUAUCCUGGAUGCGUCCUGUAGAGUAAAGGACUGUAUCCUGGAUGCGUCCUGUAGAGUAAAGGACUGUAUCCUGGAUGCGUCCUGUAGAGUAAAGGACUGUAUCCUGGAUGCGUCCUGUAGAGUAAAGGACUGUAUCCUGGAUGCGUCCUGUAGAGUAAAGGACUGUAUCCUGGAUGCGUCCUGUAGAGUAAAGGACUGUAUCCUGGAUGCGUCCUGUAGAGUAAAGGACUGUAUCCUGGAUGCGUCCUGUAGAGUAAAGGACUGUAUCCUGGAUGCGUCCUGUAGAGUAAAGGACUGUAUCCUGGAUGCGUCCUGUAGAGUAAAGGACUGUAUCCUGGAUGCGUCCUGUAGAGUAAAGGACUGUAUCCUGGAUGCGUCCUGUAGAGUAAAGGACUGUAUCCUGGAUGCGUCCUGUAGAGUAAAGGACUGUAUCCUGGAUGCGUCCUGUAGAGUGUUUAGAAUUGUGCCCCCGUCCCUACCACAUUAUAGAAAGUUUAUGUGUUUAGGAGAUCAUACGCUAUCAGCUACAGUUCUAGCGAUUAAUGAGCUGGGUCUAGUGACUGAACAACAUGAUGAAAGCUUUGUUAUUGUUCUAUCUGAUGCUAACUUCGAUAGAUACGGGAUCCGACCAGAAAACUUUGCUAAAAUACUUAACAGAAAUGAGAAUGUGAACGCCUAUGCGAUAUUUAUCGGUAGCCUUGGUAAUCAAGCAGAUGACUUGACUAAACGUUUACCACAGGGGAAAGGGUUUGUAUGCCUGGAUACUAAGAAACUACCGGAAAUCCUUCAAACUAUCUUCAUGUCUACAAUGCUCCAGUAGAAUUUAAACUAUAAAUCUACACAAGGGCUCUGCAAGCCUGGCAGUCAACAGUCAUAGUUACAGGUUGAUUCUAACCACGAAGGAAAAUUAAGGAAGAGGAAUAAACUUUAAAAAUGGUUAAUACCGACUCCAAGUGUAAUGCAAGUGUACUGCACGUGUACUUCAAGUGUACUGCAAGUGUUUAAGUGUACUACAAGUGUACUUCACAUAAUCACACUUUUAAACCUUUACGGCCCACAAAUUAUUUUCGCAAAGCUAGAUUUUUGCUUAUGUGAAUCAAUUAAAAGUUUUUUAAAAUCUAAGAAAAAUAGAAACAUUUCCGAAUAAUGAGAUACAAUAAUAAUAAUAUUUUUGCCGUAUUUAAACUUUGAUAACCUUUUUGUGGUGGGUGGGAAAUUGUUUCCCCCCCCCCAAAAAAAAAGAAGUCAUCUAGGUUGUUAAAAUUCUUGAAAAUUAAGCCCUGUUUCCUAUUUCUUAUAGUUAAACCUGACAUUGACAUUGAUAUUUAGAAUAAAAUAUAAUUUAUUCACAACAUUAAAUUUUCGUUUUAUAAGUUCGAACUAGACAAAGGAAAUUAUAUAAAAACUAGCAAGGAAUGCACGUUCAUGAAGAAAAGUACCUAGUAAAGGAACAGUACAUGAACUGUAUCGUGUUUGUACAUGCACGGAAUAUACACAAUUAACUAAGCAUUAUAUUUAGGAGAAAUAAACAAACAAAAUUA